CCGGGAUGGACCUGCUGGUGCUGGGGGGCUCGGUGGGCGCCUUCCAGCUGCUCAACGCCGGCGUGGAGCGCCUGGCGCCGCCGCCGCCCUCGGCGCAGCGCAACCGCUGGAAGUGGCGCAACAUCUGGACCUCGUUCGCGCACAGCCUGCUCAGCGGCUCCGGGGCGCUGCUCGGGUUCUGCUUCACCCCGCGGAUGGCCGAGGACCUGCUGGGCGCGCACUGGCCCGCCGCCCACCGCCUGCUCGGCGUCUCCCUUGGGUAUUUCCUGCAGGACUUCUUUGACAUGCUGUGUCACCAGAAGCUUCACCAGUGCUGGGAGCUGCUUUUCCAUCACUCUGUGGUGAUUGCCUGCUUCGGCUUUGCCUUCCUGGUGCACCGCUUCGUGGGCUUCGCCAUGGUGGCUCUGCUGGUGGAGAUCAACUCCAUCUUCCUGCACCUGCGGACGAUCCUGCUGAUGGCCGGCUUGGCACGCACUGCUUCCUACCGCCUCACCAGCCUCCUCAACCUGGGCACCUACGUGGUAUUCCGCAUCACCACCCUGGCCUGGAUGACCCGCUGGCUGGCGCUCAACCGGGAGCACAUCCCACCCGCCUCCUACGCCUUGGGCACGGUGGGCAUGGCGGUUAUGACCCCCAUGAACAUCAUCCUCUUCUACCGGCUGCUCUGCAGCGACUUCCUCGCCUCCGGCCGCCAUGACAAGACGAAGUAACG